CAGUCUUACAGUUGGAGGUGUGCCGUGUGCACCAUAGACCAUAGUUGCGGCAGCGCGAAGUUACUCUGCGUUGUAUCAUCGAAGAGUUCGUAUAAUUUAAAGGCCCAAGUGUUGAAAUGUAGGUGCUGUGAGUUGCGAAAUCCUUCGUGAUGCGUCAUGUAUCGUGCAGUUUGAGAAUUACGGCCUGACUUCGGGUAAAUCAGCGUUUCGUUAGUUUACACAGCAGCGACUUGCAUCUGUACUCAAGAACUCUGAAAUGGAGGAGCAAGAAGGUCGUAUGGCUGUUGAUUCAGAUGAGCCUAUGACCAAUGAUGAAAACAACAUUAUUAUAAACGAAGUGGAUGGACUUCCGAACGUCCACCCAAACUACACGGAAUUAGAGUUGAACUGCGACAUGAGACAUCAAAAUCCAGAUGGUGAGCGGUCGUUGGAGGACCUCAUUCACGACGAAGAUCUGCCAACCUCCUUGAUUGUCACUAAUUUGGAGAGCUCACUCUUCAAAAACGACGAGAGAAAAAAAGAAUUAGAAAACCUCUUCCGUCAGUUUGGGGAGCCAAUUUCAUUUCAGUAUUUUCGAAGCUUCCGAAGACUGAGGGUAAAUUAUAACUGUCCUGCAGCUGCUGCAAAGGCCAGAAUACAGUUGCACCAGACACAGUUUGGAGAAACUGUCAUAAACUGUUAUUUUGCCCAGCCUGUUUCACCCAUUGGCUUUGAAGAUCAGCACUUACAACCACCAGCUCCUGUAAAGCAGUUUCUCAUAUCUCCUCCUGCAUCUCCACCUGUUGGAUGGGUUCCAAGGGAUGAGGGUGAACCACUUGUUAACUAUGAUCUGCUCGCUGCGAUAGCUAAUCUCACUCCAGGUGAAACACAUGAAUUGCAUCCUCCAUCAGGAGACCAACCAGGAAUUGUUGUCCACAUCUGUGAGGAGUCAGAUUCUGGAACUCAGCACCCAAAAGGUCGAAUAGUGCAGACACGAUGCCCAGAACACAAGUGAAUAACUGAGUAGAAGGCUGUAAAAAUUUAAUUCUAAUGAAUGUUGCAUGUUUUAAUCGAUAUUGCAUGACAUGACUACUGAUUUUAAGAUAAAAUUAUAAGUGUGAUUCAUUGUACAUAUUUGUGUUUCUGAUACUUUGAACUGUAUGUUGUAUUGUAAAAUGGUAAAUGUAUUUGAAAGAACUGGAAGUCAUACUAUGCAGAACAAGUAUUAACAGCCUGAAUUGUAUAGUUCUACAACUUACUUUAUAAUUACAUCUUUGUGAAUGUAGGAUAACAGGCUUGAUGCAUAGGUGCACCUUCCUAAACUAGUCCAAAUCUCUAAUUCACCUAAGAAGUUUCAUAGUCUGUGUAUUUAUUUUUGGGAAUAGGAUGCUUAACUUAAUUGAAAAUGUAAGAAUCGGUGCGUACAUAUGUUUUUGUAAAUAUAUUCACAUAUAUACACAUUUCAGCAUGGGAAUACCCUGUUCUCCAGUAAACUGUCAAUGGAUAUCAAUAUGUGUGGCACAGAAUUUUUUGAGUGUACUGAGCUUUGCUACCUAUCACAGUGAUUUAAAUUGUCAGUUCAUAAAAGAUGGUGGUUUGGAUAUUGUAAAUGUGUUCUGUGUUGUCAGUUUAUACAUAAUAUCAUAAUUAUUAAAUGUUAUGUUGCAGAAGGUAAGCCAGGGUUUCCAUGGGCGUUGAUUAGUUUUUCUUACAAGUGUCACUACUACCAGUUGUGUUGCUGAUG